UUUUUUCAUGGCAAGUUUUUUGGAAGUGGGGGGAGGGCGAGUCUACAACUUUCUCGGUCUGAUGUCUUUUUCAUAAUCAGCUUAAGCGCUUCAAGUGAAUACUUUAUGUUGUUUAAUGUUGGUGAUGCGUUUUCUGCGGGCCUGAGGGCAGUUUUUUCGAGCUACCGCAAUUUGGAUAAUGAAGGAAUCCCGGAGGAUCCAGCAAGGAUCGGACGAAAAGCGCAGAAUAACAAAGUUUGGGAGGACUGCGAGAAAACUGUGAAGGGCCCCGCAGAUUUUUCUCACCAUGCCGCGUUUGGAAACUUAUUCGAACGAAGAAAACUUCAUCUUUGGGUUUCUUGGGGAACAGGAUAAGUGAAACACCAGAAUUGAAAAGUAAUCUCAGUUUUGCACAGUUGAAUCGCUUCUCUCCCAAGAUGUCUUCCCAGGCUCGGAGUCCCAUUGUUGGAUUUUACGGGAUGCUUUGCGUCUGGGCUGCUUGGCUUUCGGGCUGCGGGGCUGUGUUGUCUCCUAACGGGACGAUGUUUGAGGAUAACUGCAAGAAAACCACAACCUGCGAGGCACUCAAAUACAACACAUGUCUGGGGUCGCCUUUACCGUACACACACACUUCUCUGAUCCUGGCGGAGGACUCGAACACCCAAGAAGAGGCUUUUGAGAAGUUGACCAUGUGGUCCGGUUUGCGGAACGCUCCUCGCUGUUGGUCAGUCAUCCAGCCAUUGCUCUGUGCCGUCUACAUGCCCAAAUGUGAGAACGGUCGAGUUGAGCUGCCCAGCCAGAGCCUGUGUUUGGCGACACGUCGGCCGUGCAGCAUCGUGGACCAGGAGAGGGGCUGGCCAAACUUCCUCAAAUGUGACCAAUUCCCCGUGGGCUGUUCGAAUGAGGUGCAGAAGCUGAAGUUCAACACAUCCGGCCAAUGUGAAGCUCCCCUGGUGAAGACAGACAUUCAGUCGAGUUGGUACAAGGACGUGGAGGGCUGCGGCAUCCAGUGUGACAACCCUCUGUUCACCGAGGAUGAGCACAACGACAUGCACGCUUACAUCGCUUACUUCGGCACCAUCACCCUCCUCUGCACCUUCUUCACCCUGGCCACAUUUCUUGCCGAUUGGAAGAACUCCAACCGCUACCCGGCCGUCAUUCUCUUCUACAUCAACGCCUGUUUCUUCGUGGGCAGUAUCGGCUGGCUUGCCCAGUUCCUGGAUGGAGCUCGCAACGAGAUUGUGUGCAAGAGCGACAACACCAUGAGACUCGGGGAGCCCUCGUCUUCAGAGACGCUGUCAUGUGUCACCAUCUUCAUCAUCGUGUACUACUCCCUGAUGUCGGGUGUGAUUUGGUUCGUCAUGCUGACUUAUGCCUGGCACACCUCCUUCAAAGCCCUGGGCACCACCCACCAGCCGCUGUCUGGCAGGACCUCCUACUUUCACAUGGUCACCUGGUCCAUCCCCUUCAUCCUCACUGUGGCCAUCCUGGCUAUCGCAGAGGUGGAUGGAGACUCGGUGAGUGGGAUCUGUUUUGUGGGCUACAAAAACUACAGAUACCGUGCUGGGUUUGUGCUGGCUCCCAUUGGAGUGGUGCUUGUUGUUGGUGGCUACUUCCUCAUUCGGGGUGUCAUGACUUUGUUUUCCAUAAAGAGUAACCAUCCAGGACUCCUGAGCGAGAAAGCGGCCAGCAAAAUCAACGAGACGAUGCUGAGACUUGGUAUAUUUGGAUUCCUCGCCUUUGGCUUUGUUUUCAUCACUUUCGGCUGUCACUUCUACGACUUCUUCAACCAGGCCGAAUGGGAGAGGAGCUUCAGAGAAUAUGUGCUGUGUGAAGCCAACGUGACGAUCGCCUCUCAGACCAACAAGCCAAUCCCAGAAUGCACCAUUAAGAACCGUCCCAGCCUGAUGGUGGAGAAAAUCAACCUGUUCUCCAUGUUUGGGACGGGGAUCGCGAUGAGCACCUGGGUCUGGACCAAGGCCACCAUCCUCAUCUGGAAACGGACGUGGUGCAAGAUUAUUGGCCGGAGUGACAAUGAGCCCAAGAGGAUCAAGAAGAGCAAGAUGAUUGCCAAGGCGUUUGCGAUGAGGAAGGAGCUGCACAAGGACCCAGAAAAGGAAAUGUCAUUCAGCAUGCACACCGUGUCCCAUGACGGACCAGUGGCUGGAAUUAAUUUUGACCUAAAUGAGCCGUCCAACGACGUUUCAUCAGCUUGGGCGCAGCAUGUGACUAAGAUGGUGGCCAGGCGAGGUGCCAUCCUGCCUCAGGACAUCUCUGUUACUCCUACUGGUACACCAGUGCCACCUCCAGAGGAGAGGAACAGGCUGUGGAUGGUGGAGGCUGAGAUUUCACCAGAGAUGAUAAAGAGGAAAAAGAAGAAGAAGAAGAGGAAGAAGGAAGUGCGUCCUGUGGAGGAGGCGGUGGACCACCAGGAUCAUCGUCAGCGUGAGUUUGGUCGCAGCUCAGUGCCUCGCCUGCCCAAACUGCCUUGUCAUCCCAGUCUGGUCGCUAAUCUGCGCGAACAACAGAGGCAACAGCAGAAGUUAGAGGAGGAAGUCCUGCCGGGGUCAUGUCCAGAUAUCCAACCAUCCCACCCCCUGUCCUGUAGGGAAAGGUUUCCUUACCCACAAUACCAGAGCGGUUGGAACAGCUAUGGCCGCAGCCUGGUCUCUGACCCUCUUACCCUCAACGACCUCCCAGAAGAUCUGGGUCUGGGCCCACGCUGCCUCCCCUCAGCUUCCACCUGGCAGCCCAGUGGGUGUUCCCGCCACCCCGGAGAGAUGGAUCUGACAGGGGGGAUGUCGGAGAGGUUAGCCCACGUGGCCCGGGUACCAGCAGUCCGAAGGGCCGCCUACGGACCUGUGCACUCCAGAACCAAUUUAAUGGAGGCAGAGCUCAUGGAUGCUGACUCUGACUUCUAAGAGCAUAUCUCCAAUAUGUUGCUUUGUGGUACACAGACAGUAAGCUACAAAAAGUGCUGGAUACUUUCAAAAUUCUUACUAAAGUGCACCUAAUUCCCAGUGCCCAGAGAUCAAGAUGAAACUAAUGCUGGUCAGUCUUUUAUUUUCUUUUUGUGUCGAUUUCGUGUGUGUGUGCUUUUUUUGGUUUGUUUGUUUGUUUUUUAGAAAAAGCAAAGGGAUAAAGUGAAAAAAUAUGUUGUGAAUAAGUUAAUGAAAAAGAUAUUUUUUCUACUUAAAUUGUGUCCAGUAAAAUUUCAAAGGCAACUCCGUGAGGACAAGACAGAUGAGGCAGCUAAACUUUAUAUGGCUUGAAAACUAAAUCUUUAUUCUGAACCCCCUGUGCAUUUCUCAGCUACUGUCAGCUCAGCCCUGCUUGUGACAACAUUAAACUCUUAUCAUGGCAGGGCAAGUCAAAGUUACAGGGAUUAAUUGCUAAUUUGGUGCAGUGGACCUGAUGCAGGCAGUCGAUAAACUUUAAUCAGUUUUAUUCUGUUAUCUACUUGUGUCGUCAUUAUCUGAACCGUCCCAGUGCAGUAAAACCUGAAUCAUACAGAAGACAACACAGGUAAAAAAAAAAUACUAUGGGCUACUUGCAAAUGUUGUUUAACCCAGAUUUUCUUUUGUGUUAAACUUAAAUGUUCUUCCGACCUCUUUUCUCUCUUCCCACUGCUAUGUAGCCAUUAAUUACUUGUGUUUAUGUGCAGUUAAUUUGAGGGAAUAACCAUUAUCUUCCUUUCCCUAUGAACACUAAUAUCACAGAAGCUGUUGCUGAAUGACUUUGGAGGUUUUCUUGAGAAUUUAUGAUACAGGAAGUGCGGGGGAAAAAGUGCUUUGUUCAUUUUAUACGCACCGGGUGUUUUUAAGUCUUUUGACUUUGUGAUAAUUUACUUCUGAUUUAAACAGAAGAAUGCAAAUUAUUAUCUUAGCCUUACUUUUGUUCAUUUCUAGUCAUCUACAAAGUAGUAGUGACAUGAUUUUGUUUAAGAAUAACUUAACACCAGGCUGAAAAGUGAUAUUUUUUCAGAUUGUAUCUCCACUGACUGGGUUCAGGUCAUUAUGCAGUUGGUUGUGCUCUGUUGAACAGCCAACAGUCACCUGUACAUCAUUACAGCAAGUGGAAACGUUAAAGCCCUGGGGGUCAGCAAACAUGAGAUCUUCAGGGUUUGUGAGGUUACCCUUUCAUCAGCUAGUAUACAUAAAGUUACUGAGCUAAAAUAAAUACUAACUAUUUGUAUGGUGCAAUAAACCAACAGUUAGCUUAUUGUUUAUCUUGAGUUUAUCUUGAUCUUAGUGAUAUGAAUGAAAUGGCCAUCUUUCGUCUCAAUGAGUUCCCCUUGUAUAUUUCAGCUUUUCUGCUUGUAAAAUUAUUUUUAAAAGUGUUAUUUUUUUAAAACAGUAUUUCUACUUAUGAAUUUUUUAUCUGUUGUACAUAUUCAGUCUAAGCUGGGCUGUUUAUGCAUUUCCUCCUCUUUUCAGUCCAGUUGAAAGUCCUUCAUAUGAUGUAUUCAGAAGUCACGUUUUGCCCUGAGUCUUUUUCCUAAAUGUAUCUAUUUUUCAGUCUUUCUCUUUGUAAAUGUGUGUACUGUAUAUAGGUUGUUCAUAGAUUUCUCCAUAAGGGUAUUGUUUGUAAAGAUUUAUGUAUCAAAUCACUUGAUUACUCUGCUGAUAUGGUAAAUAAAAAGGGAAGAGUCAACUGUGCUAUAAGAAGUUGUCACUGUACUUUUGCUGUAACCAAAAUUCCACAUAUAGCAUUAUCACGAUGCACUCAGUAUGGAUAAAUGAUGCUGAAGUAGACUGUGAUGAUAUACCGCUUCUUAGCCAAUGCACAUUAGUUUGUCCGAUGUAAUUGUCUGGUUAUGUGUGUCAGAUGUGUAUGAUAGCAAAUGUUUUAUGCUAUUAAUAGUUACCACGCUGCUACGAGUUUAACAGCAUAGUGAGUCUGGCAGGCAGAGCUGAUAUCCACCCAAAACCCCCCAAAUUAUAUGAAGAUUACUUUGGAAAUGAUGUUUUAUUUGUAUGCCAUAAAAAGUAAUCCAUUCUGUUUUUUGUGAGCUGUCUAGAAGAUGUAGGCCUGCCUUGUGUCGCUUUCUGUGUUUAGUCUCCCAACUGUGUUUAAAAGAUUACUGUCACUUGGACUGUGCAGCUGUACUUUGUUUUUAUAUGUAAAUAAAAGUAACCGUUCACUUCUC